GGAGGAGGGGAGGAUGGGGAGCAGGAGCAGCGGCAGGGGCCCCGGGAGAGCUUCUGCAUAUGCGGCGCGACCUGGGAGGCGAGCUGCUCGCCCGGCUUGGACGUGACCUGCUGCGACACCUGCGAGGGCUGGUUCCACGCGGCCUGCUGCGGACUGCAGCCCGACCAGGCCAUGAGUCUUGAGAGCUGGACUUGCCCCUUCUGCUCCGACGGCGGCGCCGGACUCGUCCUCCCGCCGCCCUCUCCCUCCAAGCGCCCGCGCCUCGAGGGCCCCGCGUACGCCUUCCACCAGCAGCAGCAGCAGCCCUCGGCGGAGCUCGGCCUCUCCUCCGGCGGCCCGGACGCCCCCGGGCAGCCCCGCACCGCCUCCCCGGGGCCCGCUGCUGCCACCAGUGCGCAGAUGGCGGCCCGCUGCCGGGCAGCCGUACUGGCGCGCGUGCGGCAGGGGCUCACGGAUGUGGGCGGAGUGGAGCGGGUAUGGCGCGGAGGCGGCUGGGGACGCGGCCGAGGGCGGGGGCGAGGGCGAGGGCGGGGACCCGGUGGGCGCGGUCGGGGCUCGGGCCGGCGGCGGACGCAAGGCUCUGAUGACGAGUUUGUGGAGGAUGAUGACGAUUAUGAGGAGCCAGAUGAGGAGGGAGAUGGGGAUGACUCGGAUGCCUCGGACGGCGCGCCGGCCGGCAGGGCGGGCGGCAGCAGCCAGGGCGGGCAGCGGAGAGGUGCUGCGGGCGCCCCGGCUGCUGCUCCGGCUGCUGCGAGGGGAGGCUACGGGGCACGCCCGGGUGAGCCUGCCGUACAGCCGCGAGGUGGCGCGAUGGGGGCAGCAGGCGGGUUUGCACCGCCCUUUGCGCAGGGUGCUCGCAUGGGUGCGGCGCCGGGGGCGGGCAUGCCAGGUGGGGUGUAUGCGGGGUCGGAGGGCGGGCUGGAGGGCGAGGUGGUGGACGAGGAUCCGCGCACCUGGCGGCCCGCGGCGCUGACGGUGCUGCGCAGCGUGAUGCUGGAGCCCUCCGCGGAGGAGUUCAGCGCGCCGGUGGACGUGGAGCAGCUGCCCGGCUACCUGGACGUGGUGGCCCGCCCCGUGGACCUCACCUCCGUGCUCAACAACCUGCGCCGGGGCGCCUACUCGAGCUGCACCGCGGUGGCCGCAGACGUGCGCCUCAUCGCGGCCAACUGCCGCGCCUACUUCCAGCCGGGUGCAGCCGUCACACGCCGAGCGGAGCAGCUGGUCGCCUCCUUCAACGCCGCCUGGCGAGCUGCGGGUCUGCCGCUGCCGUACGGGUUUGCAGAGGCGGCCGGACAGGAGGCAGACGGCGGAUACUACGAUGAGGGCGGCUUUGCGGGUAUGCCAGGCUCGGGCGCAGCAAGGCGGCCGGUUUCAGCAGCGCGGAAGGCUGGGCCGGCUGCGGGCGCGGGAGUGCGUGGUGGUGUGGCGGCGGCCGGGGGCUACCCCCAGCAGCAGCAGCCCGGGGUCCCUGCGCCCGGGAGCUGGGAGCACCUGGCCGCCAGCAUCCUGCGAAUGGUGAUGUCGGACCCGCGGGCGGAGCCCUUCCUGGUGCCUGUGGACCCGGACGAGCUGCCCGGGUACUCGGAUAUCAUCUCGCAGCCCAUAGACCUGGGCACCAUUGCUCGCAACCUGGCCGCCGGACACUACUCCAGCUCCGGACCCGCCGGCCUGCUGGACGACGUGCGGCUGGUGUGGUCCAACUGCCGACGCUACAACCAGCAGGGCUCGGCCAUCGUGGCGGAUGCGGAGCACUGCCGCUCCGCCUUCAACCGCACGUGGCAGCGCAUGGCGGUGCCAGCGGGCCUGCCAGCAGCCACCGCAGGGGGAGCCAAGUUAGCGGCACAAGCGGCUGCGGCGUCGGGCGGGGGUUACAGCGAUCCGCAUGCGGCGCUGCUGGCGGGAGGGGCGGCGCCGGGCUACAACGCCAUGCCAAGCGGCGGCGGCGGCGGCUCCUCCCGCGCACGCGGGUCAGCAGGCGCCGCGGCGGGAUUGUACGGUGGUGUUGACACACGUCGUGGGGCUGCGCAGCUGCAGCAGCAGCAGCAAAGCUCCGUCGGCUGGCAGGCGGCGGCGCAGGAGGCCUUGGAGCGGCUGAUGCGGGCCCGCGUGGCAGCCAUCUUCUGCCUGCCAGUGGACCCCGCGGAGGCGCCCGGCUACCUUGACGUGGUGAAGCGACCCAUGGACCUGUCCACGGUGCUGGCCAACCUGCAGAGCGGCGCCUACAGGGACGUGAGGGAGUUGUUCGCUGACGUUGAACAGAUUUGGGAGAACUGCCGUACAUACAACAACAAGAGCUCGCGUGUAUACAAGCUCGGGGAACAGGCUCGCGCGCAGUGGUUGACGGAGUGCGAGGCGCUGGGGGUCGGGAGCGAGGGCCGCCAGCCGCAGUCGGGACGGCA